AUGGAGCACCACCGACAAGCCGUGCGCCUAGUCUCCGCAACAGUCCGCUCGCUGUUCGAGCGGUCAGAGCCAUACCGCAUCUGGCACGGCAGCACGAACUCGACGCGGCCGCCGCACCAAAAAGCCGGCGUUCGCGUCGUCGACAUCAGCGGGUUACGCAAUGUCCUAUCUGUAGACGCGACCACGCGCACCGCCCUGGUCGAGCCAAACGUCCCUAUGGACCGGCUCGUCGAGUCCACGCUGCCGCACGGCCUCGUGCCCCCGGUCGUCAUGGAGUUCCCGGGGAUCACGGCGGGGGGCGGGUUCGCGGGCACCGCGGGCGAGAGCAGUAGUUUCCGCCAUGGGUACUUCGACGAGACGGUCCGGUCCGUGGAAAUGGUUCUCCCGGACGGGGAGGUAGUUACCGCGCGUCCGGACAAGGGGGAUGAGUACGAGGAUUUAUUCCGAGGGGCGGCGGGCGCGUUGGGCACGUUGGGCACGACCACGUUGUUGGAGCUGAAUCUUAUUGAGGCUAAGAAGUUCGUGCGCACGACGUAUAGACGGACGAGUAGCGUGGGGGAGGCGGUGAGGGUGAUUCGGGAGGAGUGUGCUGCUGAGAAGGGGAAUGAUUAUGUUGAUGGGAUUUUGUUUUCGAAAGACCAUGGUGUUAUUGUGAGUGGGAAGAUGACGGAUGACUUGCCGUCCGAGGACGAGCGUGUGCAGACGUUUAGUCACCCGCGGGAUCCGUGGUUUUACAUGCACGUGCAGGAUAUCACCAAGACCCUACCGUCAUCCUCGUCCUCGUCCUCAUCCUCAAGCUCUUCUUCCGAAGGCACAGUAACCGAGUAUAUCCCACUAUCCGAGUACCUCUUCCGGUACGACCGCGGUGGAUUCUGGGUUGGCAAAGCUGCCUUCGAUUUCUUCAAGCCUGUGCCCUUCAACCGGUUCUUCCGGUGGUUCCUAGACGACUUCAUGCACACGCGAAUGUUAUACCGCGCACUCCACGGCAGCGGCGAAAGCGCGCGCUUCAUCGUGCAAGACGUCGGCAUGCCGUACGAGUCCGCCGAGCCCUUCAUCAACUACGUGUCGGACGAGCUAGCCAUCUGGCCGCUAUGGCUGUGUCCGCUAAAGACGCCUUCCGGCCCCAGCUUCCACCCCCACCUACGAGACGGAGGGAAAGGAAAAGAGAAAGCGCCCCACGGCGAAAUGCUCAACAUCGGCGUCUGGGGCUGGGGCCCCUCGGACCGGAACAUGUUCAUCCGGGCAAACCGCGCCCUGGAGCGCCGCGUCGACGAGCUCGGCGGCACCAAGUGGCUGUACGCACACACAUACUACCCACCUUCCGAAUUCUGGCGCGUCUACGGAUCCGCCCACCAGAAACAGUACGAAGCGCUACGGCAGAAAUACCUCGCGACAAGUCUACCCAACGUCUACGACAAAGUCAGCGUGAAAGUCGACAACGACGACGCGGUGCUGCGGGGGUGGAAGCCCUGGCUCAAAGCGCUGUGGCCGAUCGGUGGGCUCUGGGGGAUCUGGAAGGCGAUCCAGAGCAAAGAUUACAUGCUGCAUCGACGGGCGACGUGGAAGUGGACAGGAGGAGGCGACGAGGCUAAGACGGGGAAGGCGAAGUCGGCGUAG